AUGGAAAUGCUAAACCGAGAAGAAAACUACAACAAAAUCUCCAGGAGCUCCCCAGUGGUCCAGCCGGAUUGGUGCUUACUGAAUUUGGUGCUGGCGGUUGGCGACCCUAGCGUCGCUCUUGUGGAGGCUGUGGAGCGAUACAAAGUCAGCUCGGCUAAGAUGACAACAAUGAAUGUGGAUAUCGCUGAAUUUGCUGGUGAAGAACAAUCCAAGAAACUAACAAACAUAAUGAGUAGCUUGCAAUCCACACUUUCCAGAAUGGAGGGAGCCAAGCAAGAUCUAGAUUUCGAUGAACCAUUUGAAGCGCUCCUUGGUAAUCCGGGUGACCCCGGCUGCGAGGAUAAAGUAAAGAACAUGAUAGAAAAUGGCUGGGAUAUCCACAAUCUCGUUGAUGACCAUGGUGCCACCACUGCACUCCAUUUGGCAAGCAGGAGAGGGAAUCUCAGACUGGUCAAGGCUUUACUUCCCAGAAGCAUCAGAGACAUCCUCAAAAAGGAUGGGCUUGGCAACACUGCACUUCAUGCAGCUGUUAUUAGCAACGUUGCGGGGGUUGUUGGGGUAUUGCUUGAACAAAUCAAGAAGAAGAAGCUAAAAGCUGUGGGCUUGUGCAAUAACAAAGGAGAAACACCCUUGCACAUAGCAGCUACAUUCGUGGAUGGAACAAAUGUUGCCCGUUUGCUAACUUUACUUCCGACGAGCAUUGAUGACAUCGUGAGGCCUGAUAACAAUGGGAAUACACCACUUCAUGUAGCUGCCUUUUGGUGCUACGAUGGCACGUUCAACUAUAUGAUUAAACGGCUAGGAGCCAACUUUGACGCCGAUCAGUAUGUCAACAACGAUGGCAACACGCCUCUUCACGUGGCUAUGACAGAAGGAUGUGGCAAUAUGUGUCUUUUGUUGAUAAAACUGGGUGCUAAUCUUCACAAACUCAACAAAGCUGGCUUUUCACCACUGAUGCUGUUGACAAAGGUGCGUCAGCCUCUCCAGGUGAGAAUCAUGAGGAAAGUCCUCAAGAGAAUACUGUCAACCGACCCAGCAGGUAUUUCUGAAGAGCUUAUGCAAUUGCUGACAGUUCCCGAGGUUGGGCAUCUUUUAGUCUUGCAUGGCUGCCUUUGUAUUGGGAAACUGGACCUGGUGAAGCCUCUAUUUAGGCACUUUGACGUCGAGCAUAAUCGUCUUGCCCAGCUACUGGUUGAGAAGGACAGCAGGUUUACAGGGGAGACCUCUUUGCAUGUAGCAGCUUAUGGACAGGAUGUUGCGGUUCUGAACAUGGUGGUGGAGAAACUGCAGGAAGGUGAGGACCCUUGGGACGUAGACUGCACUAACAACAUGGGGCAGACACCUUUGCACAUUGCAUUUGCAGGAGGCAACACUAAAAUGGUUGAGCGUUUGCUCGAGCUUAAAGCUGAUAUAAGCAAGACUGACAACAUGGGCACUGGCAUGUUGCACUUUGCUUGUAGAGGUAAAGGUAGGAAGGUUGAGGUUCUUGAGCUCUUGGAGGAGAAGCUAGGGGAGAAGCUGGAAAUCAGCAAGGCAACAAAGACUGGCUUGACCCCGCUGCAUUAUGCAGCUUGGAAUGAUAAAGAGGAAGCAGGGAAAUGGUUGAUAGACAGGAAUGCUGAUUUGACUGCUGAGGAUUCCAUUGAAGGACUUAUGCCAUGGCAUUGGGCUGUCAUUGGAGGAUCUGAAAAGUAUACUUGGCUUGUCGACUCUCACUUGGAAAGAAGCGUAAGAUUGUUUAAUGGGAAUGUGGACUUUGAAAGGUGGCAACGGGUGUUUCAUUUAAUUGAAGCCCAUCGCUCACAUGAGCCGGAUUUGGUGUGUUGGAAAGUAUUAAACCGUAUUCAGGCGCAGCACAGGAAACUUGAGCCUGGAUUAUUGGCUUGCAUUGCCGCUUUGGGAGAUAGUGACACAAAUGAAAAGCUUGCAUCACUUCUCAUUAAAUUCUCAUCGGACGAGCAGGCGAAGGAUUACAUUUUAAAAAUAGUCAAGGAAUCACGAAUAUUGGAAUGGGCCGCAUUCUAUGCCAAGAACACAACAAGGGGAAGAACACGAGCGAGCGAUGUAGAGCCAAUAUGUGUGGAAAUCCGGGCUUGCCACGAGCCUAGCUACAGCAAGCAGUCGAUGGGGGCUUGGCGAUCUGAUCAAGUCAGUCCUGCUGCCAAGUGCUCGUUGGUCUGA